AUGCUUCCGUCCUUGAUCGACAUUCUUCUCAAAUCCCUGUUCAAUGAACACAUCUGCGUAUUCUGUACCAUGCGUGUUCCUAGUCUGAUUCGUUGCGGUCAUAUCCGCGUUCUAUGCAUCUUGUCUUCAUUUCUAUUGUGGGCGGACAGGUUGGGUUCUGAGCCGGAAUUCAACGGAUUCAGAAGUGAAGGAAGGUGUGGCGCACCUGAUGCGCCCAAAACCGCCGCCUCCAUGACAGAAUCAUAUGAUCCCGACGAAGACCGUCGUUCUCCCGGGCUGGAGAUGACGAGGCCGGACUACAAGCCCCACAAGGACCCGACUCCUCCUUUUCUCCUGAAGGAGCUCAAGGAGUCCGAGAGCAAUUUUAAAUAUUCUACAGGCGAGGGAACACCGGACUGUUCCCAGCCAAACCGACCUGAUAUUGCCUAUUAUGAGAGAACUGACCCACUUCGUCCAGAGCACUUCCAUGACAUUCCCUGUGAAGAUCCACUGGAGAAGAUUAAGCCAGAGAAACUAAAACCAGAGAGCCCUGUGGUGGAGCCGGCAAAGCCUGCAGAGCCUCAAUCGGAAACGGAUCCGAGUGAAAUCGCGCACGGUGCUCUGCAACUACUGGAACUGCCAAAGCCUAGUGAUGAACCUUUGGAGUCUCCGGUGGUCCCUGUGAAGCCCCCCGUUCUUUCUCCGGACGAGCAUGUGGUGACAACAGAAUUGCCUUCGCCAAAGCCUUCCCAGCCACCGCUGGCCGCUGCCAGUCUCCCAGACAAGAAACCGUUCGGGCCGCCAUCACCUUUAAGACAAUUUGAAAUACACCCGACGCAGGACAUCUUACCGCCGUUCCACUCCCCAGACAAUACCACUACCCUUCCCCCCAUUCAGACCGCACUGCGUGGGAUCCCCCAUGUAAAAGAGCCUCCUAUACGCGUUACUGGGUCAUCUCCAUACUCUCUACCGCCAGUCACAGCGAGUUCUCCGCCCGGAUUUAGGUGUGAUCUUGCUGUUUGGGAGAAUCAACGACCGGGCCAGUUUGUUCCCCCUCCGAGCCCUUACUCGCAUUUGUCACCCGCGAGUACAAAAGAUCUGUCCGCCGUGUCUUCCCCAGCCUCGCAGAACUCGUAUUGGAGAUCUCACAAAUCGGACAUACCUUACAUCACCGCCACUUACGACAUGCCACAUCCGACAGCCAAAAGUCCUGCAACGAGCUAUCCAACGCCCACCGAUCAGACUCCCGUGGGGACGUGUGACCGGACCCCAUACCAUCCCCAUUCGCAGCCUAAUGGAGUAGUCCCGACGGCAGCGUAUAAAUGUCGUCAUCCAGGGUGUACCGCCCCUCCUUUCCAGACGCAAUAUUUAUUAAACUCGCACGCAAAUGUCCAUUCACAAGAUCGCCCUCAUUUCUGUCCCGUUGAUGGCUGUCCUCGGGGGUUGGGUGGGAAAGGGUUCAAGCGCAAGAAUGAGAUGAUUCGACACGGCCUUGUCCAUAACUCUCCGGGCUAUGUGUGCCCUUUCUGCCCCGACCAACAGCAUAAAUACCCAAGACCAGACAACUUGCAACGGCACGUGCGAGUCCAUCAUGUUGACAAGAGCAAAGAUGACCCGGCGCUCCGGCAGGUUCUUUCCCAGCGGCCCGAGGGCAGCGCGCGAGGACGACGCCGUCGGGCCAACACUUAA